UGAGGAAAUCAAAGAAAAUGGUUGAGCCACCACCUCACGAGGCAGAAUCCCGACCUCUUCCACUGAAAGCCAUUCUAGAGACGGCUCCUCUGCACUGAGCUUCUACCUGCAGCUGACUUCCCAGCGAGCACCGUCACCUCGUCCUGCGCGCACUCUGUUCGGACUUGCAGUAGAUGUGUUGCAGACUCCAUACACGCUGAACUUGAGCGAAAACAAUGGAUGGACAUUGCAUGCCCAGAAUGCGAUACAGUGCUAAGCUUCGAGGACGUCAAAGAAUACGCAACCCAGCUUGACUUCGAAAGGUACGAGCUGCUCGCCGUUCUAGCAGUUGUGGGCAGCACCGAGCAGUUCGUUUGGUGCUCAGGCCCAGAUUGCAACUCUGGCCAGCUGCAUGUAGGCGGUGCUGAGCAACCGAUUGUACUUUGCAAUCUUUGUCGCCACCGCACUUGCUUCGUGCAUCGAACACCGUGGCACGAGGAUCUCACCUGCGACGACUACGAUCGACUUCAGCAGGAUCCAGCCAACUUCAGAACCCGCGCCGAGCUCGAGCGCGCGGCAGAGCAAGAGCAGCUUGAGGUUGACCGCCAGGAAGCCGAACGCAUUGAUCGGGAGCAGCGAGAGGCGCAGGAAAUGAGGCGUAUAGCCCUCAAGCGCAGGGCGCAGGAACAGCAAAACGAAGCCACCAUCAACAAAACAACCAAGCCGUGCCCCAAAUGUGCCAGUAACAUUGAGAAGAAAGGAGGGUGGUAUGUAUUGCCGUGUCCCCCUCUAGUGAUCAACAUGCUGACCUUUGCAGUGCCCAUAUGCUCUGUAAUUUCACCUUUCUUUCGAAUAGUGUCGACAAUGAGAGUUCUGCAGUGUCACUGUGUGAACCACAUAGUUAUGGGCCUGAAGCAAGUCUCCAUGCUGACUAGCCUAGGCACCAGAUAUCGCCAUCGCUUUUGCUGGACUUGCUUGGGCCCGUGGAAUGGCCGUAUUAAAUGUGGCCACUAGUGACAACAUGUGAAUCUUGUGGGCACGACAAAGGACGCUGACGAGACCAGACAUCAAAUGCAUGUAUCAGUUCUGCUGGGUAUGCGGUGCGGAUCAUAAGGAGAUCAUGGCGAACGACAACAGUCUGCAUCAUCAGACAUGUAGCUAUCGCUCAGACAACUUGUGAAUGGAGGGCAGUACGGAGAUUGGGAGAGACGUGGAGCUGGAGGCUGGAGGACGUAUUGGAAAGAUCGCAUUGCUGGCGGCAACAUCUCGAAGCUUGGUGGUUUUCAGUUUUUGAUUGGAGCCCCAGGGUUUAAUAAUGGAUUGAGCACGAGAGUUGAGAGGUUGAAGGUCAA